CAGAAUUUCGAAUUUUCUUUCAACUACAACAAAUUUUCUCUACAGUGAAAAGGAGAAAAGAAACGAACAAAAUUUUGAAGUAAAAUUCAAGGCGGUCGUCAAUUUUCCUUCUUCGACUGCGGAAUUCGCCGAUUAUUUUGUUCGGAGAUAUUUGUAGAAUUUUAUUCAUCGUUUCUUCGACUGCAGAAUUCGCCCUAGCAUAGAUCAGGAUCAGAGCUAGAGAUUUGUAGUUUGUGUCCGAUCAUAAUGGCGAGGAUCAAACCCCAAGCUCUCUUACAACAGAGUAAGAAGAAGAAGGGGCCAAAUCGAGUCAGUGUUGUUACAAUUGCAAUUUACGGCCUGAUUGUUGUUGUGGUGGCGUUUUUUCUAUUUGCUUCCUACAGACACUGGACUCGAAGAUCAAAAUACCCGAUAGAGGAUACAUUCUCAAGUGCAGAGCAUGAUAGUUCAUUUGGAGACUCGAAGAAAAUUAGCAUCCCCAAAUAUGCUGUAUUGCAAACCUCAAAAGGCUCAGUUACUGUGGAACUUUAUAAGGAAGGCUCUCCUGAAGUUGUUAAUGAAUUUGUUCAGGCAUGCCAGAAUGGCCACUUCAAAGGAAUGCUCUUCAACCGUGUAAUAAAAAACUUUGUAAUUCAUGGAGGUGAUGCUAAUAGACCUGGAUCUACUGAAGAUUGGACUUCUAGGGGAAAGCAUUACAAUCAACUCGAUACAAGCCUGAAGCAUGAAGCUUUUAUGCUGGGCACUUCCAAGAUAAGACCUGAUGGUGGGGGAUUUGACCUUUUCAUUACAACAGCACCUAUACCUGAUCUAAAUGAGAAAAUCAAUGUAUUCGGACGUGUUAUAAAGGGUGAAGAUGUAGUCCAGGAAAUUGAAGAGGCAGACACAGAUGAGCACUAUCGCCCUAAAGCCCCCAUAGGGAUCACAGACGUGACCCUGAAAACAGAAUAAGUCAUGGAGGUAGAGUGGUUUGUGAUAGCGUAGGAUGAAAACCAUCUGAUAAUCAAGGAAGGGUCUUGCGAUUGAGUCACUUUCUGUUCUUGUAACCUCUUCACCUUGUCCCAUUAAACCCGAUCGAGCUCUCAUUCCCUGCCUUCCACAUUCAUUUGAUCGAUUUGUAUAAACCUAUUAUCUGUUUAGCUUUUAACUUUUGAAAUUUUGUUUCAAUUUGGUUCACUUUGUGUAUACAAAUUGGCAUUUGUAGCGCUAUCUUUUAACGACUUGGAAGAAACGUCCUCUACAGAA